AUGCCGCGCCGAGGAGAUGCUACAGAAAGUGAGAGCUUGCUCGCCACGAGUCGAGCCACGAAAGGUCCUGGAGACGCCGGUUAUCCUGGUACUUUUCCAAUCUUUAACAAGACUAAUUACCCGUUGUGGGCAAUGCGUAUGCAACUCUGUUUGGAAGCUCAUAGCUUGUGGGAUGCUAUUGAGUCUAAUUUGGUGGCAAGGAAGAAGGACCGGCACAUUCAAACUCAGCUCGACAUCACCAAGACGGCGAAAGAAACUUGGGAACUUCUCAAGUCCACGCACGUAGGAGUAGCUCGCCUCAUGAAAACGAGACUUCAAUCUCUCCGGCGUGAAUUCGAGAUGCUGCAAAUGGGAGAUGAAGAGAACAUGACAGAUUUCUCUGGGAAAUUGUCUUGUCUUGUCACUCAGAUCAGAAAUCUGGGUGAAAAAGUGGAAGAAGGCACAGUGGGAGCAAAGCUUCUCAGAGCAACUCCUGCAAAAUUUGAUCCACUCACAACAUCUCUUGAGCAAUUUAGAGAUAUCGACACAAUGCCUUUUGAAGAAGCUGUGGGAUCUCUUAAGAUCUAUGAAGAGAAACUCCAAAAUCGGCAAGAGCGAAAAGAACAAGUUCUUUUAACUCACAGAACUGAGAAAACAAAGGGUGGAAAUCCUUGUGGUGGAGGACAUGGCCAAGGUCGGGGGCGUGGCCGAGGAAGAGGAUGAAGCAAUGGGAGAGGCUCGGAUAAAAGCUAGAAGCCUUGUGACAAAUCCACAGUGAAAUGCUUCAACUGUGAUAAAAUGGGGCAUUAUGCCUCUAUAUGCAAUGUAGAGAAAAAGGAAGAAAAAGCUCACCUCGCAAAGACUGAAAAGAGACUGAGUCAAUGCUUCUAA